CACAGCGACGCAUUUUAAAAGCACCCGCACAGUGUCGGUAGCGCUGUACCUACAUCUGCACUUGCUCCACAGCGCCAAAUAGUCUCGGUUCUAAAGUUUGCACUCGUCGUUGCGUAAUAGGGCUGCAGCAAUGACGAACCUCCGGAAUAUUGUGAUCUUCAUCCUUGUAUGUGCGUUACCGCAUGCUGUGUUUACAAAUUGGGUCCGGGCCAACGCAGUGAGAAUAGCUGACCGGUACAAUGGCAGUACUCAUUGGUCUUAUGCGUCCUCGCACGCCACGGGGCGUAACACCAAUAAGUGCAACAUCUUUGUAGCGGACGUGUUUGACGAAGCUGGAGGUGCGGUGCCUCAUAGAUGGUUUGGAUUUGCCGGUCCUAUAGGAGCAAGGGAAUGGGGAAACCCAGGGUCGAGCUACCUGACACGGGAUAGUUGCUGGACCAAUUACCGAACUGGUCUUGUCGGUGACGUCAUUGCCGGUGAAGGACACGUUGGAAUAGUAACGGGAUGGAGAAUGACAACCAGCACCACCGGCUACAGAGUUGUGAAGAACAACUGGGGCUUUCGUCCUGGACAGAGCGUCACUUACUGGAGAUAUAUCUGUUAACAUCAGUUCCGUAUGGUUUUGACUUUUCUUGCAACUUAGAUAUCAUAAUAAACACCUCUGUAUCUCCUGUAUGUGUGUAUGAUUAACUGUGUGGCAUCUAAGUGGCCUAAUGAUUAACCUUGCCUUUGAUCUAUAAACUGUUCUUGUCACUAAAUAGAUGAUCUGGAAAAUUGCUGAUGCGAGGUAAAUAAAUAACACAUUCACUCUUUACGUGAAUACCGGCAUCGACAAGAUGAAUAUAUUAUAAACAAUCACUGAUUAGUGACUGGCAGUUACGUAUUCGUUGUUUGUAAAUUAUCAUUGCGUUUCAAAAAUAAAUCGUCAACACUAGUUGCUGACAAAUCUUA